AUGUCAUCACUCAAUCCCUCCAUCUACAACCUCCCUUCAUUACCGUUACCAACCAAUUCUCAUCCAACAUCCACCCUAGACGAGCAACAGGAGACCGAAUCCCUAAUCUCCUCCCUAUUUGCCUUACUUCCUCCUCCUACGUCCGAUACAGAUGGACAGACGACAAGCUUAAGAAAGCAGGAACAUGUCCAAUUCCUGGCAUCUACAUUCUUCAAAUUACCAGGUAAAUUCGUCAGUCUAGAUGCUAGUAGACCAUGGUUGGUAUUUUGGACUGUACAUUCCCUGGAUCUUCUGGGAGUAGGUCUAGAUCAAGGAACGAAAGAUAGGGUGGUCUCAACAUUACUCAAAUUCCUUUCUCCCUCCGGAGGCUUUGCAGGUGGACCAUCAAAUUCACAACUACCACAUCUUCUACCUACAUAUGCCAGCGUUUGCUCUCUAGCUAUCUCUGGACAUUCUGGACCGGGCGGUGGAUGGGAAGAGUUGAAGGAUGCACGACAAGGGAUAUACGAUUUCUUCAUGGAUUGUAAGAAGGCUGAUGGGGGUUUCGUAGUGUGCAAAGCGGGCGAGGUGGAUGUAAGAGGAACAUACUGUCUACUUGUGGUAGCUACCCUCCUGGACAUCCUCACACCUGAAUUACUCCAUAAUGUCGAUAAGUUCAUAUCUGCCUGUCAGACAUACGAAGGUGGAUUCGCUUGCUCUCAAUUUGCCUUCUCGUCACCAUCCUCGGACGAAGAUAAUCUGUUCGUGAGGGCGUCAAUGGCCGAAGCUCAUGGAGGAUAUACAUCAUGUUCCCUCAACUCAUAUUUCCUCUUAUCUUCCAUACCGCUUUCAGCCCCCUUCCCAGCGAACAUAGACGCAGAAGCGGCACUGCGAUGGAGUGCGUUACAGCAGGGCGAAGCGAUUGAAGGAGGUGGAUUCAGAGGAAGAACCAAUAAAUUAGUGGAUGGAUGUUAUUCCUGGUGGGUUGGCGGGGGUAUACCGGUAUGUGAGGAGUUGAUGAAAAGGGAGAAGCAAGUCCGAUCGCAAGGGAAGAAGAGCAAGAUUGAGGUGGUGGAUGAGGGCGAUCAAGAGGAGGAUUGGGUGGAUGAGAUACCCACUCCGCCAUUGUUCAAUAGAGUCGCCCUUCAAGAGUUCACCCUGAUAGCUGCUCAGCAGGACGCAGGGGGAAGUGGUGGUUUACGCGAUAAACCUGGAAAACGACCGGACCAAUAUCACACUUGUAAUAACCUCUCAGGUCUCUCGAUAGCUCAGCAUUCAAUGAAACAUUCAUCCUCGGUCGUAUCGGCCAACCGGACCAAGUUUGAUUCUUCGAAGGGAUUACCGCCUAUCAUACCUCGAUCUGCAGAUGGCGGAUGGACGAGCGAGGAAGAACGUCAAAAUGCCAGAAGGGAAGUAUGGGCGAAUGCUCUGGGCUGGGUAGAAGACGGCAGUCAGGAGAGUGUGGUAGGUGGGAAGGGUAAUAGGAUUAAUACUACUACACCUGUUUUCAAUAUACUGGGAUUGAGGUUGAAGCCGUUCAUCAACUACUUCUAUGGUCAGGAGGAAUAG